UCAGCGCACGAUCAUCUUAACAAGAAACUGUUGUUGUAUGAUGAGGUCCCUAGACUAGUCUACGGGUAUUUUAUGCGUGUUCGUUGAUGCAUGGAGGAAGAAAUAAAAGUUUUCGUCGGAGAAAGGAGGUUGCUGCAUGUAUGAGAGGAUAAAUACUUUGUUGCUAAAGACCUGGACCAUGGGAUUGUUCUUACCGAUGGAUGUACAUGUGUGUACUGAGGCUUAACAUGAUUUAACCUAUGACCCCCAACCAAUGAUGUGUCUCGGAGGUGAUUUGUAGUCACUGCCUGCGAAUCAGGUGUACAGCCGGCAAGGAUUAUUACAUUUUUAAUCUAGGAUUUAACCAUAACUCGGAGAGCACGAUGGAGACUGCAUUAGACUAUUGCUUGUCGUAUUGCUGUCUGUGUUGUAGUUGCUACGUACCUCGUACCCAUGACGAUGACCUCUACGAGCCUCUCCUAUUGGAUGAAGAGAGGGCUGCCGUUAAUGAACUUCUCAACUACUUAAACAGAGAAUAUGAAGAGAAGCCGACACUAUCCGAGGAACGGCUCAGAGCGAUUAACAUCCUGACCUACUCCCACAAUGAUGACCUCCAAAGAUCUGCUGCCCUCUGCCUGGCCGAGAUUAGCGAAAGAUUACUGCAGCCGAUAAGCAACAAACUACUGGACCCUCUUCUAGCUCUCAUGGAAUCGAGGGAUAUCGAAACUCAGAAAGCUGCUUCCCUGGCGCUCAGUAACCUGGCGUUACACGGACAUAAUGUGAACAAAGAUGUAAUAAUGAGGAGUGGAGCUCUUCAUUUUUUAAUUAGUCUACUUCGUUCCUUUAACGAGGAGGUACAGUGCAAUGUGUGUGGUUGUAUUACCACACUAGCUACAACAGAUGCCAACAAGAAGGAGAUUGUCUCCUGCGGUGGUGUUCCUCCACUCAUCAUUCUGGCAAGAUCAUCAGACCCCAGGGUGCAGAGAAAUGCAACAGGUGCAUUACUCAAUCUCACACAUAUUGAUACCACAAGGACCAUGCUAGUCUCCCACGGAGCCGUUCCUCUCUUCAUUAACUCCUUACAGUCAGAGGAUCAGGAGAUACAGUACUACUGUGCCGCAGCGUUGAGUAACCUCGCUGUAGAUGCUACCCAUCGAGCUGCCGUCGUACACGCAGGAAACCACCAAGUCUUGAGAUUGUUGAUUAGGUUGCUUGAAUCACCAUCGGAGAAGGUCAAGUGUCAGGCAUGUUUUGCUUUGAGGAAUCUCGCAUCGGAUGAGGACAAUCAGGUGGCGAUCGUUGAGCUGGGUGUCUUAACCCCUCUACAUACCAUCAUGGAGACAUGUUCUAAGGACACCAUAGCUGCUGCAGUGGCUGCUCUACGCAACCUCUCUAUUCACAGACGGAAUGAGAUGCCGAUUGUCAGAGAGAGUUUUUUGUUGGAGUUAGGGAAGCUGUUACGGGAACCGAUGUCCUGGGAUGCUCAUUGCCAUGCUGCUGGGACGAUACGUAAUCUGGCAGCAGGGGACCAGUUAAAGACCAUCAUUGAGAAGGGAGCGUUAGACAGUCUGAUUGUAGCAUUCAUGAGAUCCACAUCACCACUGGCUGUCCAAUCAGAACUCACAGCAGCCUUGGCGGUAUUGUCCGCAGACGACCAAGCCAAAGCAAUCCUGGUCAGCACACAAGAUGGAAAAGUAUUCACACGUCUUAUCAGCCUGGCUGCCAACUCGCACCAUACAGACGUACAGUACAACAGCGCCGGUACCAUCGGCCAACUCGUCCUACAAGAUCUGAGACCUGAGCUGAUCACAGCAAAUAUUUUGGGACUUCUACGGUAUAUUGAACAAUUUGCCAAACACAACGACCCCAGCUUCAUCCACAUCGCGCUCUGGACAAGCCUACAACUUCUCAAAGAUGCUACAUUCCGCUCAGCAUUUGGCGAGAGUGCAAUUCCACGUCACCUGGAGGGAAUGCAGCAACGUCCUUCCCUCCCACUCCAGAUUCAACAACUUGCGCAGACCGUACUGGAUAAUAUGGGCUGAGAGAGGGCGCCAGACAUUCGGUGUAUGUGGAUCACGUUUGCAGACUAGCUAAGUGGAAGUACUGUACCUUGUUUAGCUAUUACUCCCAAGAACAAUUGUAGACUAACACAGAAUAAAUCAGGGCUGGAUUUUAUUAAUCUGUUUUUAACAGAAAAUGCUGCCUGGCCAGUUUGUUUUCUAAGGGCAAAAUAACCAGUCACAAAGAUUAAACAUUACUCCGCCGUAAUAAUGUUUGAAGAUGACAAAAGAACUUUGAGAAGAGGAAUAAUAAUCUCAACAAUUUUAAUAUCUCUUAUACAGUUAUAGGAAUAAUAAUGUUACCAAGGUAUAACAAAAUGAUUGUCGCACGUUGUGACAGGGGUUCAUGGGUUUUGUACACCCCUUUGUUUUUUCCCCCCUCUCUAUGCCCUCGAGUGUACAAAACACCAUGCAUCCCGUCACAGCGUGCAACUAUUGUAUACUAGUUGCCUGCAAAUGUUUUGCUCAGCAGAAAUUAUUAUGCAAUAUUUUGUGCUGUUUAAGGAGCUAUAUGAAAUAAAACUCUUCUAUUUCAAUUCAAUUCAACAUGACGUUUAUUCCAAACUCGGUUUGGAAAAUAAUUAAAUGUGAGAUUUCAGUACAUGAAAAUGAAAAAUUAAAAAAUUAAUUUUGCCACCUACAUGUAUGAUAUCAGUACUCAUAGCACACCUUAGCACAAAUAGCUUAAUUUUCAUUCUUAUUUUACUUAACUGCCUCCUUGAAACACAAAAUUUCUUUAUAUAUAUAUAUAUAUAUCGCAACCUUAGCACUUGUAAAAUGUUUUCCUGAAAGAUACCUUUUCGUAUCUUGUAUUAUGCUGAUGCUGGGGCCCAAUUUUUAUAGAGCUGCUUUACUUCCAAGGUGUAGCUAAGCGGGACAGAAUUUUACUCACCAGAAAAGGGCAGCAAAAUUAGGAACAGGUUAGCAGCCAAAAUUAUCAUGUAUAAGAUGUGUUCAAUCUGUGACUGGUUUCCUUUUUUAUUUGUUUCCAUAACAGAAGUGUGUUAAGCACUAAUGUCAAAAAAAUGCUUACAAGAAACGGUGGACACUUGACUUGGUAUUUUUGGAAAAGGUUACCAGCCAAAAUACCAUGCCAAGUGUGCGCAAUCUGUGACUGGUUUCGUGCAUAACUUUGUCCAUAGAUAAACUGUGUUAAGCACAAUUGUCUGCUUAAAGGGUGUAGGGUAGGGUGUAUGUACUUUUUGUAGGACAAAAAAUACAAUGUCCACAGAUGUACAC